AGGAGAAGUGGGGUGCGGGAGAAUCGCCGAGCCUCGAGGCCUCUCCUCCUAAGCCACGGCUUCGCCGCCGCCCCUCCCCGCGGGGAGAUCCCUCUCCCUUGUAAAGCUGGCGGGCUCGGCAUUCCCCCAACGCCUGGCGACGGCGGGGACCCCGAGUUUGGAGGCGGGAACUAGCCGAGACUGUGGCCUAGCCGCUGGCCCCGCGCCCGACCUGGCCCGGGCCUCCCUUUCCCGCCCAGUGAUUAGCCCGCGGGGUCCCUGAGAGUCCCUUCCACCUCCCUCUGGAUGCCUUAGUUUUCUUAGAUGGAAAAUAAGGGGUUUGGGCCACUUGCCCCCCGGGCAGGUAUCCUCACCUACCUCUGCCUGCCCCCAUUUCUCUUCUGUAAGCUAGCAGCAGUCAGAGCGCCCUGCUGCUUCCCAGAGUGGUUGUGUAAGGAUCAAAGGGACUAGCUGCUUUCCCAGCAUGGAUGAGGCAACCCGCAGGAAACCCCGCCUGGCAGCCUCUCUGCAGAUUCCCUGGAGGCCCUCGGAAGGCUCUGCCCAGGUGUCCUCGGAGACUCAGCCUUCCAAAGCGGAGCCCCUUAGGGGAGAAGAGAAGAAGAAGAAGCUUGGGAACGAGGCUGCUGGGGAUGGGCCACUUCCAGAUCCUCCAGCGGUGGUGAGGGAGCUGAUCCUUGGCCACAAAGACCCCCCUCCAGGCCAGGCCCUGAGCCUCCUGACUCGCUAUGCAACAGGCAUGGGCCUUACUCUGCGCUUUGUGGAGAGUGAGGUCCAAAUUCCCUUCCGACACUUCUCUGUCUGUGCUGUGCUGGAUGAGGUGUCCUGUCCUGAGGGUACUGGGAGCAGCAAAAAGGAAGCAAAGGGACAAGCAGCCAUCCUGGCUCUCAAUUGUGUCAGGACCCAGCUGGAAAACCCAGCCCCCUUCAAAACUCCUAACAACUUCCCGCUCUGUUCUUUAACUGCAGAAAACAUUCUGACCCACGAGCAGCGUUGUGCAGCUGUGGUGAGCUCAGGCUUUGACCGCCUAAUAGGUGAAAACUCCCCAUACCGGGGCUGCAAGCGGACCAUAGCAGCUGUCAUCCUUGAAAGGGAGGUCCCUGAUGACAGGGGCAGCUGUAGGGAGACCUAUGAGCUGGUUGCUUUGGGUACGGGCUCAGGCGGCUACAGGGGCUGGAUUGAAUUCAUGGGCCGGAGACUCCACGACACUCACAGCUUGGUCAUUGCCCGCCGUGCCUUGGUCAGGUUCCUCUUCCGGCAGCUCCUUCUGGUGGCUAGUGGGGGCCCAGAAGGGGCAGAACGUUCAGUGCUGACCCCCCGACCAGGCCCUGGUCCCCCCCUUGCCUUGAAGCCCAAAAUCUUCUUACACUUGUACCUCAGUGACACACCUUCAGGAGCUGCACAUGACAUCUAUCUCCCUUCCCCAGGGGGCUCUCUCCACAGUCCCUCCCUUCGUCUUCAAGCCCACGCCCGGGGAGAACUGCGACCCGUCUGCUACCUCGCCCCGGGAUUCCGGGCAGCACGGGUCUGCUCGCUGUCGGCCAGUGACAAAGUGGCUCGAUGGGCAGUGCUGGGGCUGGGAGGGGGCCUGCUGGCCCAUUUCCUGCCUCCACUUUAUGCAACCAGCCUUGUCCUUGCUGACUCCUGCCAUGACCCUUCAACUCUGAGUCGAGUCAUCCAUGACCGGCCCUGCCUGGAGGGAGGCCCGGGCCUGCCACCUCCCUAUGCACGUAACCCCCUGCACCUGUUUCUGGGACCACCUGUGGCUCCCCAGGACUCUGUACCUUCCAACUGCCAGGGCCUCAGCCUCAACUGGAGCCUGGGAGAUAGCAGCUUGGAAGUUGUGGACACCACCACAGGACGUGUGUGGGCAGAAAACUCCCUGGGUCCUCCCUCCCGCCUCUGUAAAGCUGCCCUCCUGCGUGCUUUCCGCCAGGCGGCCCAAGCCCUGGGAAGAUUUGACCUCUUGGCACUGGACACGUAUGAGGUGGCCAAGGCAGGGACAUACCGAGCUGCUCGUCAGGAGUUGACCACUUACCUGGAACAGCAGGAUUUGGGUUCUUGGCCCUCCAAGCCUCUGGUGGGUGGGUUCUGUCACUGAACACGGGCAUAUGGGGGGUUGUUCUUUAGGGGUGUGUGUGUGUGUGUGUGUGUGUGUCCCAGGUGGGGGGUUAUGGCAGGGAUUAUAAAGUAUGGGGGUUAUAAAGUGUGUGUAAUUGUAUGUGACAGAUGGGAGGUUAUAAAGUGUGUGUGACACAAGUGGGGGUUAUAAAGUGUGUGUAUCUGAGACACAGAUGGGGAGUUAUAAAGUAUGUAUGUAUAUGUGACAGGUAGGGUGUUAUAAAAUGUGUGUGUGAGAAACAGGUGGGGGUUAUGGCAAGGAUUAUAAAGUGCCCUGACAUUAAGGGACUGGGCUGGGCAUGAUUUAAGAAAGAGGGUCUAAAUUGUGGUAGUGAGGUAGGAUCACUUGAGACCCCUGCUUGGAAGCCAUGUGCUUUAUGAUUUGUUCUGAAUAAAUUCUUUGCUCUGUGCA